AUGAACUCCACUGUACUUUUGCCUCGACUUUGCGCAUGUGUAAUAUUAUUCCAAGAAUGUUCGAGGAAAAACAUUACUUACGUUCAAUGCGGGUUUUUACUUUUUAGGCUACUGCAGAGUAUCAGCAGAACCUCCUAAUAGGUGUGAGGUUAUUCCUGGAUCCCCAGGAACUUACAGAAGAAUAAGUGCCACCAGCCUUCUGGAACCAGGAAGAAGGUUUUCACUGAAGUAUCUUGAAAGGAAGAUGGCAGAGGUAUCUGUGUCAAGUAGCUCUACGUGGCCAAUUGAAGAAGAUGCAUACCAGUUAGUGGAAGUUAUAGGUGUAGGGGCAACAGCAAUUGUUCACAAAGCUUUCUGUAAACCUCGUAAUGAAGAAUGUGCCAUAAAGCGGAUUAACCUUGAGAAGUGGAACACAAGCAUGGAUGAACUGGUAGUAAGUGUCUUAUUGGACAUAAAAGCUGGAAAUAUAUUGUUAGGCAAAGAUGGAACAGUACAAAUAGCUGAUUUUGGUGUUAGUUCGUGGUUGGCCACUGGUGGUGACCUUUCUCGUCAGAAAGCUCGACAUACGUUUGUCGGUACGCCUUGUUGGAUGGCUCCGGAAGUAAUGGAACAGGUAACAGGAUACGACUUCAAAGCAGACAUCUGGAGUUUUGGAAUUACAGCUAUUGAACUAGUUACUGGAACUGCACCUUACCAUAAGUACCCACCCAUGAAGGUGAGCUCAUUUCUUCCUAUUUCAGGGUAUCUGUGAAACCACGGUUGUUAU